AUGACGCAAGUAUUCCGUGCAGUCGAUGGACUUAGCAAGGCGGGCAGCAUUGCCAAGCCACAUGGUGUAGUUGGAGGGGUUCUCGUCGACAUGAGGUGGAUGGAGGUGCGUCUGCAAUCCCAACACCCAUUCCAACCAGUGGCUGCGAAGCGAUUACAUCGAAACAUCACUCUCUCAGCCAGCAACACGUCGCAGCAACAGAAAGAGGGCAAGCGGGCGGCAUGUAGCGUUGAAGCGUCCGAUCAGCCUCGCCUCAUUAGUGCACCACUUGUUAUGAAAAAGGCAGGCCUGCCUCACACACCAAUUCUGCCUGUUGAAGCGACCUCCUUCGUGUUGCUGCCCGCCUCUAAGUUCAUUUGGGUUCAUGCAAGUGCACUUGCGAGAAUGCAAACACGCACCAUUGGAGAUACAUUUUUAUUGUUGGAGCGCAUCGUGCCGGUCUAA